GCUCACAGCCACAAUGUGAGGAAAGGAAACUUCGCCAGGCAACUUCAAUGAGACUUUCUGCUCUAUAACAGCACACGGAUUACAAAGUUAGCCAUGAGGAUGUGACUCCUAACGACUUCUUGGUGUGUUUUCUGGAUAAAUACACAAUUAAAAUUGUGUUAUUGCGGAGCGAGUGAGUUCGCGGAAGGAGCGAGUUUUUUCCGCGGGAUCAAUGGCGUUACUUAAGUGAGAAACCGCAAAAAAGAUAGCUUCAGGCUUUGAAAUCACGCUGCUUGUGAUUCUGAAGCUGUUACACAUGGAACUAUGAACGAUUCGGAGCUCACGCUGACCUCCAAUGCGCAACAGCGCAUGGCUUCAGGUCUGUCUGGGGAGGAGAGCUCUCUACCCGGCAGCGUGUGCAGACCCGAGCGCAACGGGAUCUUCUUCGUCCACUGUUUCAUCUGUGGGAGCGGGGUGACUGCGGGGAAAGAGCUGAGCUUGCAGGUAAAAUACCAGAGAGAAAAGGAUGGGCCGUUUUUCCCUUUCCUGCAAGGCCAGGACCCGGCUCCAGGCGCGCCGGAGAUCGGUCCGGAUGGGGAAGCUCUGGUGUGCGCCGUGUGUCACUGCUUUCUGCGCGAACAGUGGAACUCAUUCGAGCGCAACAGGACACCCAUCGAGAAGCGCAUGUACUGGCUCAAAAGACCCUACCAGUGCGAUUUACGAAACAUAACCUACGAUCUGGAGCGGAGAAUGAGCGCCGGGAAUUAUGACGGCAACGACUCUGACAUUUCCUCGUUCUCUGAUAAUGACCUGUCCGAGCAGGACUUGGACUUGUCAGCGUGUAUAAUAAAUAGUAACAGUACUACAGGUUUUCGUGGGUCUAAUAAAGCAUCAAGAGAAAGCAGCAGAAAGAGCGUUAAAAGCAGUCCCGAGUCAGUACGAUAUCCAGCCAGAGUUUACCCAAGUCAGGACAUACCCCAAUCAGAUCGUCGCACGACUAAAAUUAUCAAUCACACAUCGAGCUCAUCUGUGUCCAUGGCUCUGCAGCAGUACGACUGUCGAUCUGUGCGCACCCCCCUUCAGGAUAACGACACCAUUGCGUGUGGUAAGUGGAUGAAUGCAUCUAUUGGUGACUCUGACGCACCGGACAGCUGUGAGAUCAACAUCACCAGCGAUGACGACAGAGAGUGCGCAGCAUCAUCUCACUUUGAUGUACAGAGGAGCCAAACCGUCAAGAGCCAUGCCAGUCUUUCUGCUGAUGGAUGUGCCUGUUAUAUUUGUGGAAGCAGUCUUUCAGCAGGAGGCCGCUUCAAAGUGUUUGUACAGAAGCAGGAGAGAGCAUCCAGUGAACCCUUCUUUCCUUUUCUGUGGCUCCACACCCCUCCAGCAGGUGCUGUGCCCCUCAGCCUAGGUGGAUACACUUUGGUGUGUACCACUUGCCACUCUUCCCUCAUGCAGCAGUGGCAAGGGUUUGAGCUGGCAGAUGUGCCUGUCCUUCAGCGACUCUAUGUAGUACCUCUAAACACGAGUGCGGCAACCCCUCUUUCUCCACCUGCCAUGAACGAAUGUGUAGAUGUGCUACCAAAAGUUCACCCGCUCCCCUCUAUGCCACAGAAUAAUAGGGAGGCUUGCUAUCUGUGUGGGCAUGACUGCAGUCGAGAGGUCAGGAUGGCAUACACCCAUGCUGGUGCAAGUAAAUCCCGCAGUGCAAUGUAUUUUCCAUUCAUAAACUUGCUACCGUGCCCCCCGAAUGCUCAGAGUGUGAGGAAUGGAAGGGUACGCUGCUGUGUGGCGUGUCACAGCAUCUUGGAAAGGAUAUGGGCAGAAUACUGCCUCUGUCUAAGUGAGGAGCUCAUAAUGUCCGUCAACACUUUUCUUGAGAGAUACCACCUGGCCACGGGAAGAGGAGAAUCCGUGGUAUCCCCCUCCAAAAGACCCCUGUUGCCCCCAUCUCAGACUUCCACAACAACCGCAAGCCACACCUCCAUAUGUUACUUGUGUGGGGAGGAGCUCUCUGGAGCAACAGAGUAUCAGCUUCACGUUAACCCUCCAGGGCGUUGUGGAGAACGGGAGCCCUUUUUCCCAUUUCUCACAGUCCACCCUCCCGCUCCCCGUGCCCGCCCUGCUGAUGCCACGGGCCUAGUGUCUGCCUGUGCACUGUGUUACCAUGACCUUAUGGGCCAGUGGUCCCAACAUGAGAGUCAAGGCUCAGGAUCAGGCCCGUCCAGCAGCCCCUGGGCACGCCAGUAUAACUGCAACACUUUCAUCUGCUUCUUCUGCAGGAAAGAGAAGAAGAGACCUCUUGGGCUGAAAGCGGUGUGUGUUGAUCGCUUGCCUGUGUUUCUCUAUGCUCCAAGAGUCAGCCAGACCCUGGUAAUUGACAAUGGCAAGCAGUUAACAAUUGGCUCCUGUGUGGAAUGUAAGUCCAUGGUUCUGGCUGGACAGAACAUGAAGCCGGUCAGUGGAAUUGCACAACACAAGAGUUUGGUGGUGGAGGAUUCAGCCGGCAGCAGUAAGGAUGCUGACAGCAGGCCACCAGUAGUCUCUUUGGCAGAGGUGUCAGAGCAAGACCACACUACAUCACUUGAACCCAGACUGACUUCUGCCACAUCGUCCCUGUGCAGCCUGAAAGUGGAGAAAGCAGACAGCUCAGCUCCCGGCAUGAGCCAUGAGCCAAAGUCACCAUCGUUAGGCAUGAUUUCAACGGCGACCCGCACCACGGCGACCGUCAGUCCCCUCACCCCGUCUCCCCUCAACGGUUCUAUUGUGCCCAAUGUCAGUCCUGCCUCUCAGUCCGCCCACUCGGGAUUCGCUGCUGCCCUCCGCAAGCUGGCCAAGCAGGCAGAGGAACCCCGAGCAGGAUCUUCCAUCAGCAGCGAGUCGUCUCCUGUCUCAUCACCGGCCACCAACCACAGCUCUCCAGUCAGUACGCCCAAACGAGGGCCCAUGGGUCCAGUUAUAGUGCCUCCUGGGGGUCACAGUGUACCCAGUACACCACCUGUGGUCACCAUAGCCCCCACCAAAACCGUCAACGGCCUGUGGAGGAGUGAAAGCCGGUCUGUACGAGAGGUUGAAUCAGUUCCACAUGGAGUCAGUCGGGACAGGUUAAGUUCAGAAGCUGCUUCUGCCCAAGAGAAGGGGGGUCCCACUGUCCCAGCACACCUAAUUGGAAACCCUUACCCAUUUGGCUUGACGCCUGCAUCUGUGAUGCAAGACUCACGCUUUCAACCACUUAACCUGCCCCGUCAGAUGCCCCAUGCAGUGCCCACGGCCAGUGUUCCUGAGGAAUAUUUGAGAGGGUUUCGUCCUUAUGCCACUGCUGAGGAGCUCCGUAUGCCCUCCUUGCCACUGGGGCUUGAUCCUGCCACUGCUGCAGCUGCUGCUGCCUACUACCACCCUGGAUAUCUGCCUCAUCCCUCCUUCUCUCACUACAGAAUGGACGAUCCAUUCUGUCUGUCAGCGCUGAGGUCGCCAUUCUAUCAACUGCCUGCAGGAGGUGCUUUACCUCCUCUACACCCCUCUGCAGUACACAUGCACCUGCCUGGAGUGCGUUACCCUGGAGACCUAAGCCACCCCUCGCUGUCCAGCCUACAAUCUGAGCGCUUGUCCGAACGACUCCAGAUGGAGGAUGAGCUGCGACAGAGAGAAAGAGAACGGGAGCGAGAGCGAGAGAAAGAGAGAGAACGAGAAGCCGAACGAGAAAAGGAGCGUGAACGAGAAAGGGAGCGAGAGAAGGAGCUUGAGCGUGAGAGGGAGAGAGAGAGGGAACGAGAGAGGGAGAAAGAGAGAGAGCGUGAGAGGGAGAUGGAGCGACAGAAGGAGAGGGCAGCACGAGAGAAAGCUGCGGAGAGCCAUUAUCUGACUGAGCUUCACGGGCUGAGAGGAGCACCAGACGACAGAGCCAAACCUGACAGAAUCACUAGCAACAGACCUGAAAAAACCAAAGAGUCCAUUCUUACAACUCCUAAACCCAUCCAACCUGGAAUUCACCAGUCUCUGAACUCCACCCACCAUCCUGUGCCCAGUCUCUCCUCUGCUCAUGGUUUGUAUCUGGGCCCUGGAGGGGCAGGACCCACCAGCUUGACGGUGGCCACAAUGCUACAGCGUACUGAGGAAGAGCGCUGGUUGGCACGGCAACGUAAGCUACGGCAAGAGAAGGAGGACAGGCAGUACCAAGUGUCAGAGUUCCGACAGCAGGUCCUAGAGCAGCACCUAGACCUGGGCAGACAGGGGGAAAUUCCAGACAUGAAUGUAGAAGGACACAGACCUGUACCAAACCAUCAUGAGCCAAGCAGCAGAGAUCGUGACAGAGACAGAGAUUCUCAUCCACUCCUGGGAGCUCCACCUCCUCUUAUCUCCCCUAAACAUCAGCACAAAGACCAUGCGCCCCCACCACCGACCACCCUCUGGAACCCUGCAGCACUCAUCGAGACCUCUACUGACUCUAGACGCACCUUGCAUGACCCUCCGAGUCUGGGUCAUUACGAUAUCAGCCGGCUUCCCCUGCCCCCCUCCAAACACGAACGCCAUUACAACUCUGAAAAGCUGGAAGAAGGAUCCCGGAAGAGAGACAGUCUGGAUAAAUACCCUCCUAUUCGACCAAGUGGAUUCUCUGAGCCAAACACUUUCCUAGCAGAGCUGGAAAAAUCCACCCAGAGCUUCCUAAACCAGCAAAGGGCACCGUUGAGUCUGUCAGGACCCUACGGAGAGCUGAGCGCUGGCUUUAAGUCCAGCGGACCUUUAAAGAACCUUCAGGGGCAUUCACGUCUCGCGCCGGAUACAACGUUAGUUUAUGACGAGUUCCUGCAGCAGCAUAGACGAGCGGUCAGCAAACUGGACCUAGAGGAGAGAAGACGCAGGGAAGCCAGAGAGAAAGGUUAUUACUAUGAGCUGGACGACUCCUAUGAUGAGAGUGAUGAGGAAGAGGUGCGAGCUCAUCUCCGGAGGGUUUCUGAACAACCACCGCUCAAGCUGGAUGAUUCCACAGAGAAAGUGGAGUUUUUAGAGAUGUUUGACCUGACUACCCUGGCCCAUCGAGAGGAGAUGAUGGAGGUGAAAAGGAAAAAAAGGAGGCGCAUGCUAAGAGAGAGGAGUCCCUCCCCACCAACUGUGCAGAACAAGCGGCCCACUCCUACACCCCUACUAACCCGUUUCACUCCAGAGGACAUGAACAACAGCCCAGAGCUAGAAGACAAGAAACGUUUCCUCACCAUCUUCAGCCUCAACCACAUCACACAGCAGCAGAGAAGAGAUAACGAGAGGGUUGAGGAGUUGUUGCAGGCCAUAAAACAGAAGAGUGUGACUCUAGACACCAUCAGACACAACCCUCACCCGCUUUGCAGAAGUCCUGCAGCCCAUAGCUCAGACCAGUCAUCUCAGUCUCCAGUCCAGUCUGAAGAACUGCUGAAUGGAUGGCCGCUCAGUCCAUCGCCGUCUGUGUCUAUUCCACAGCCUUCAGCAGACCCUCUCUCCAUCUCAGAUCAGCACAGACCUCUCUCAGACCCCCCGAAACCUAAAGACUCUUCCUUGCCUCCUGCAUUACCUGACAAAUGUCGAGCCAAUGACAGCCUCCCGGGCAAGAGCUCCAGUCUGCUGAAUAGUCUCCGACAGCCCCCAUUUGCUAAAGAAAGUUCUGUCAGUGUCAACGGAAAGACUAAACCCUGGGAGAACUUCAUUGCUGAGGAGUUUGCCCAGCAGUUCCAUGAAUCUGUACUGCAGUCCACACAAAAAGCACUGCAGAAGAGUAAAGGUGGUGCAUUGGUCGUAUUGGAACAAAACCAUGCGGUGGACUCAUCCGUGCAUUAUAACAUUCCUGAGCUCCAGAGCACACCAGGCCGCUCCAAACCCCACCCACACCCUCCCUCAUCUCAGCCCAACGGACAGCACUGCCCCCCACAGCCCUCUCGUCAAGAGCUUUCUGCAGAGGAAUCUGAGGAAGAAGAAGAGGAAGACGACACUGAGGAGGAUGAGCCCUCGACGUCCAGAUGGCAGGGCAUUGAAGCCAUCUUUGAAGCUUAUCAAGAGUAUGCAGAAGAGCAAAGCAUUGAACGCCAGGUUCUUCACAGUCAGUGCAGACGACUGGAAGCACAUCACUAUAAUCUCAGUCUAACCGCUGAACAGCUCUCACACUCAAUGGGGGAGCUGAUGGCUCAGAAGCAGAAGCUGGCAGCAGAGAGGGAGAACCUGCAGGCAGAACUGGAGCACUUUAAAAAGUGUUUGACGCUGCCACAGAGCCCCUGGUCUAGGGCUCACUUUAAGGGCUACCCACCCAGGUGACACCCUAUGGGACCACUGACCACCACCCCCCAAUGUCCCUUCCAAACCCCCAACACCCAGACUCAUACUCCAUCCUAGAGAUGGUGAGGAACAGUAGAUCUGGCCAUUGAGUUUUUCCUCCCUCUGACGCCCUCCUGUGGGAAAAACCAUGCAUGAGCACGUCAAAGCCUCCCAAUGCAUCCAUCUCACAAAGACAACAGCCAUAGCGCAUCACAGCGAGAGGAAGAACGCCAGUCAAAACACACAUCCACACACCUGCAAUCUUCUUUACCAUGGAGGUCAUGCCUAGAAAUGCACUUAAAGACAUGAAAGGAAAAAAAACCUGAAGAACUGUCUGUGUUCUGACAGACUCUUUUAAAUCUUGGGAAGGAAAACGCAUCAGAUGGAUUAAAAAAAAGAAAGAAAAUUUUUAUUUCAAGAUUUAGAAUAAAGUUUUUUAAAGAGGUGCUUCAGCAUUGUAUUGUAAAUAAUUUCAAAACAAGAAAAAAGAAUUUUGUAUGUUUUUAAUUACUUAAAAGCGUCGUUCUUUGGAAGAAGAAGAAAAAAAAGCCUGCCAUUUUGUUUUCUAAUAUAUUCAUGUUUUGGGGGGCGUGAAGCAAAAGGUUCACUUUCAGCGUUUGCUCUGCUGCUGGUCAGAUUAACUUUUUCAGGACUCGUGGAGUGAUGACAUCACUUCCUUUCUGCCUGAAUUACAGUAGCAAUGACACGGGACCUACCGCCAACACUUUUCUUCUUAUCCCAUAAGGCCAUGUAAUCAUUGGAUAACUUUAGCCCUGCAUUCUGAUGACAUAUAUGUGUUUGUGACACAGGAAAUCUCUACGUGAUCACCUGUCUCUCAACGUUCUGGACUGCUACACGAGUUGUUUUAGUGGCGAAGCAGCAUGCAGCCUCUUUGCUUUUCCGAUUCCUGCAUUCAGUUAAAGGGGCGCUUAAUCCAAAAUCUGCGUCAGAGGAAUUGACAUGCUCAAAAAGUAAAUCCUAAGAAAAAAAUACAAUUCGUUUGAUAAACAAAACAGUUUUGCCAUUGACAAUUAAUGUGCCAAAGUCUGAGGUGGUGGCAUGCCAAAAACAGAAACAAGUCAAGAAACAAGAAUUGAGUCAGUCCUGCUGUCAGACACAAUUGGAAACCAUCCAAAGAAAUCUGCCUCUCUGAACACGUUCUUGUUUGCCAAGUUAUUUUUUUUAUAUAAUACCCAUGGCUAAUCAAUCACAUUUUCUCAUCCCACAAGUCACUGACGAAAAUCAUCAAUAUGGGCCUUAACAUGUAUGAACUCUGACUGCCUGUAAUAGCUUUUCUUUUCUACCUUUUUGUACUGUUCUGUUAGAUGUAGAAGCUGGAAUGACACACCUGUUUGUUUCCUGGCACUUACCCCUACCCUUCAUAUGUGUGUAUGGCACAGCACGCAGUUACAAAUCAACCACACACACACACACACUCGCGCUAUUUCUGAUCUGAAUUCACUGCAAGGGUGAAACAUCUCGAAUGCAUCUUCAUGAAGCACAGGUGAGGUGUUUGCUUGCACUGUUGUUUAUUUCAGCCAUGCGGACCCCGAGCAGGUGUGCCAUCAGUUUGAUCAUUGUGUGUGUAAAUCUGCAUCACAUGAAGUACUACCACUGCCCAACACACACACACACACACACACGCAUAUAUACACUCGCCCUGAAACUCAGUGGAGGACGUUAGAUGCUGUGAAACCAUGUUUUUGUUUUUCUAUUUUCUUCUUUUUUUUUUAUGUACUUGUUUGAAUCCAUUGUAAUGUAAUAUAUUCUUUGUUGAGUGUAGUAAUUAGGUAUUUAUGGAUAUAUUGCUGUAAUUUCAGACAAAAAAUUAAAUAUUUCAAAAAUGUC